AUGACGCCUCAUCAAGACCCUUCAAAUCCAUUCGCUUUUUUACCAGAACAGCUGAGCGCACUAGUCGAUCCAAAGAACCUACCAUUAUUACGCGCUUAUGGUGGUGUAGAGGGUGUAGCAAAGGGACUUCAUGUCGACCUCCGAUCGGGUCUGAUACCGAACGCACCUAACCAUCAACCCAUCUCUCUGGAUCAGAUCACAAAUAACAAAAAGGACGAUUCUGUCUUGGAUGCAGAUCUUUUAGAAAGAACCCCGACAGUGCAUUCACUAGGUGCUAGACAGCUGACACAUCGCACUGAUAUCACUAUUAGUUCCCCUGAUAUCACUGCGUUUCCUCAGAGAAGGAAAAUAUUUGGUGCAAACAUAUUGCCUGAAACAGAAUCCAAAGGAAUCCUUCGACUCAUGUGGAUCGCAUUUCAGGACAAGACACUUAUCCUAUUAGCCAUUGCAGCAGUUGUCUCCUUAGGUGUUGGCUUAUAUGAGGAUAUUGCAGUUCCAGAAUACGAUACAUUUGGUCAUAGAAUACCAGGCGUCAAAUGGGUGGAAGGUGUUGCCAUCAUCGUUGCCAUCUUGCUCGUCGUUCUUGUCGGAAGUGUGAAUGAUUAUCAAAAAGAAAAGCAGUUUCGUAAACUGAAUGCUAAAAAGGAAGAUCGUGUUGUAAAAGCCACAAGAGAAUCCAUGGUCAUCAUGAUAUCUGUGCAUGACAUUCAAGUGGGUGAUAUUCUCCACUUGGAGCCAGGCGACAUUGCUCCCGUAGAUGGUAUCUUUAUUGAAGGCCAUAAUUUGAAGUGUGAUGAAUCUGCUGCCACAGGUGAAUCAGACGCUGUUCGUAAACAACCAUGGCAAGUCUGUGAACGCUAUGCUAGACAAGACAGUUCCAAGCUCCCGUCUCAUUUGCCUGAUCCUUUUAUUAUCUCUGGCUCCAAGGUCCUGGAGGGCGUUGGUACAUAUCUCGUCAUCAGUGUCGGUCAGAACUCGUACUAUGGUCGUACCAUGAUGGCCCUUCGUUCAGAGCCUGAGAGUACACCACUUCAAGAAAAACUCAACCAGUUGGCUGAGAUGAUUGCCAAACUUGGCUCUGCAGCUGGUUUAUUGAUGCUCAUCGUCUUGCUUAUCCGUUACUUUGUAAGUUGGAGAUACGGCGUCCCUGAUCAACCUACGACAAUUGUUUUAGACAUCAUGAAGAUCCUGAUUGUUGUUGUUACUAUUGUUGUUGUUGCUGUUCCUGAAGGCUUACCUCUUGCUGUUACUCUGGCUCUUGCUUAUGCCACUCAGCGUAUGCUCAAGGACAAUAAUCUGGUUCGUGUCUUGGCUGCUUGUGAAACCAUGGGCAACGCAACAACCGUUUGCUCCGACAAGACAGGCACCUUGACUCAAAACAAAAUGACUGUGGUCGCAGGUACCUUUGGCUCCUCAUUUAGUUUUGCCAAAUCACCUAAGGAACAAGAAGACAUUGUUGCUAUUGCCAAUGUACCUAAUCACAUUUCCAAACCAGCACUCGACCUUAUCAACCAAUCGAUUGCCGUAAAUUCUACGGCCUUUGAAGGAGAGAACGAAAAGGGCGAGCCCUGUUUUGUGGGUAACAAGACUGAAACUGCGCUACUUCAAUUCUCUCGUGAUCUACAUGCUGAGCAUUAUGGUAAAUUAAGGUCCCUGUGGCCGAUCGAGCAAUUAUACCCCUUUAGUUCCGAACGCAAAGCUAUGGCUACUGUCAUGCAGUACCCCCAUCCGAUAACAAAGAAGGUGAUGUACCGUGUUCAUGUCAAGGGCGCUUCUGAAAUCAUUCUCAAUUUGUGCUCCUUUGUCUUAUCGCUCGACAUGCAACAAGGUGACGAACCUGUUGCUACAACAGACUUGACCUCAGAGGACCGCGUGCGUGUUGAACAAACUAUCCAAAAUUACGCAAAACGUAGUCUUCGUACGAUCGGCAUUGCCUAUCGUGACUUUGAAGAGUGGCCUCCUAAAGGAGCUUCAGGGGCCUCUGAAGACAGCAAUGACGAUCAAGUGCCCUAUGAAGAUCUGGUCCAUGACAAGAGCCUCACUUUUAUUGGUGUCGUUGGCAUUGAAGAUCCUCUUCGUGAAGGUGUACCUGAGGCUGUACAAGCCUGUCAACGUGCCGGUGUCUUUGUGCGCAUGGUCACUGGUGACAAUCUGGUAACUGCAAAGAGUAUUGCUAAACAAUGUGGUAUUUAUACGCCAGGUGGUGUUGUUAUGGAAGGCCCUGCGUUUAGAAAACUGACUCCUACCGAAAUGGACGCUAUCCUGCCUCGUCUUCAAGUCCUUGCUCGUUCUAGUCCGGAAGAUAAGCGUAUUCUUGUGAGCCGUCUUCGGGAACUGGGUGAUAUCGUAGCUGUCACAGGUGAUGGUACGAACGAUGGUCCAGCUCUCAAGAUGGCUGAUGUUGGGUUCAGUAUGGGUAUCGCAGGCACAGAGGUUGCCAAGGAAGCAUCGAGUAUCAUUCUGAUGGAUGACAAUUUCUCAAGUAUUGUCAAGGCUAUCAUGUGGGGUCGUUGUGUGAACGACGCGGUCAAGAAGUUUUUGCAGUUCCAAUUGACUGUCAAUAUUACAGCGGUCAUGCUUACGUUUAUCUCUGCAGUAGCCAGUUCAGACCAAAAAUCUGUCUUGACGGCUGUUCAGCUCUUAUGGGUCAACUUGAUCAUGGAUACCUUUGCCGCGUUAGCUCUUGCUACUGAUCCUCCUACUUUAGAACUCCUCACUCGUAAUCCUGAACCACGUAAUGCUCCUCUGAUCACUUUCAGGAUGUGGAAGAUGAUCAUUGGUCAAGCCAUCUUUCAAGUCGUUGUCACCCUUGUUCUUCUCUAUAGUAGUGUACUUAAUUAUCCUUCUGACAGUGUUGUUUUACAGACUGUUGUAUUUAAUACUUUUGUAUUUUGUCAAAUAUUCAACGAAAUCAACUGCCGACGCAUUGACAAUAAACUUAAUAUCUUUACAAAUAUACUAGCCAACAAAUUCUUUAUCAUCAUCUUCUUUAUCUGCGUCCUUGGUCAAGUCGUCAUUGUCCAAUUUGGUGGUCCUGCCUUCCAAGUGAUCGCUCUGGAUGGCAUUCAUUGGGCUAUUGCCAUCGUUGUUGGUCUGUUAUCCAUACCCAUUGGUGUUGUCAUCCGUUUGAUUCCUGACCGUUUAUUUGGUUUCUUAUUCCGUGAUCCUGUUACACGAGAGAAACAUAUCGGUGGUAACCAAGUAACCACUCCUUCUGUUUAUGUCGCAGGUAACGAGCGCUUACAAUGGGGCGAACAACAAUAA